AAAGAAAAAGGAGAAAUCAAAAUAAACCGAUUUACAGAGAUUUCGUCUUCAGCUAUUCUUUCUCUCAUCAAUCGAUCCGCUGUCUUCUUUCUCUCUCUAAUCCUCUCUCUCUCUCUCUCUCUGUAAUUCCCUUUGAAUUAUCCCCAAUCUCUCCGUUUCCACUCACUAAACUCGUUUACUUCUCCGAUCCCACGCGCCGACCUCCGCCUCCGGCAAUUUUUCCCCAACUCGUGGGUUUUGGAGGAAGGAGGAAUUUUGAAGGCUGUUUACUACGAGGAGGACAACAGUAUGAGCAUAGAUAGCCCCGGGGAAGAAGUGGAUUAGGGUUUGUGUAGCGGUGUUUUCUCAAUUAAAAAAGAUUCAUUUUGGGGCAUUCCAUGGGCGAUGGCGGUGUUGCAUGCGUGCCUUCACAGCAUGUUAUGGACAAGUUUUCAAUUUGCGGUGGAAAGACAAAUGGCAACGCUAACGUCAAUUCUUCUCCUUCCAAUUCUCCCAUCAAAAUGGCUAAAGUGAAUCCUAAAAAAAUGAAGCUGAAAAAGAACAAGGGAAACAAGUCGGGCUCGAAGAAUUUUGGCAGUUCAACUAAAGAUGUCGAUGAGAAGAAAGGUAACGGUGAUUUUUCUAAUGAAAACAGUAAAGACGAAGUCGAGGAGGGUGAAUUAGGGACUCUGCCAUUCGAGAAUGGCGAGUUUGUUCCUGAAAAGCCACCUGCAAGAAAAUACGAGAUCAAGAGCGAGAUUGAGAAGGGCGAAUUUGUACCUGGCAAGUGGCGUAAGGGUGGCGGUGAAUUCGAGAAGAAUCAUUGGAGUUCAUCCAAAGACGAGCUGGAAAAAGGUGAGUUUGUUCCUGACCGGUGGUCAAACAGAGCCGAUGAAUAUGGUUACUCGAAGCCACGAAGGUACGAUGUUGCUAAAGAUAAAGGAUGGAAAAACGACCGUGCAUGGAUAGCACCUUCUCCAAAGGAAAGGGGGUGGAAAUUCGACCGCGACUCUGAACGUACUCCACCUUCAGGUAGGGAAAGAGGUUGGAAAGCUGAACGUGAUUGGUCGCCACCUUCUGGUAAAGACAAAGGAUGGAAAGGUGACCGCGAGUGGACCCCACCUUCAUCAGGUAAGUAUUCAAAUGAGAAAGAAUUCGGCAGAAAUGCUGGCACUCAGCGUUUCAGAAAGUUUUCUUCCAGAUAUGAAGGUGAGAAAACUCAAAAGGCCGGUUCGAAAAUAGCUGGGGAAGAAGGCUCUUUGAAAAAUGACUUUUCGAAUAGUAAGGGCCAUGCAAGAGACUAUCCCUUCAAUAACCGGUUAAAGCGUCAUGGUAAUGAUUCAGAUAGUAAUGACAGAAAGUACCGUGUUGACUAUGAUGACUACUCUGGUUCGAAAAACCGGAAGCUUUCUGAAGAUGGGGCCCGUUCUGGUUUCCAGUCGGACCACUAUUCUGGCAGGAAUGUCGAAAGGCCAUAUAAGACCCCUGCUUCUUCUUCUUCUUCAUCGCGGAAUAUUCCUUCUGAAAGGCAUCAUUCUGAGCGGUCACCACUCAAUCGGGCCCGCAACCAUGGCCGAAACUCUCACUAUGACAACAAGUAUCAAAGCCCUGGUUAUGUCGAUCAUGGCAGAAACUGCGAGGGUAGUAGGGAUCUGUCUCCAACUUUCUUGGAUAGGUCGCCACGUGAUCGAACAAGGCAUAGUGACAGUCGGGAAACGAAUUGGACGGGUGGAAGCAAAAGGCAAGAGGGAAAGAAUAUUCCGAUGAAAGAUUCCAGCGGAAGGAAAUCCCAGUUCUUAGCUAAAGAAUCACCAGAUAGAAAUAUCUCACCUGAUAAAACUGCUAGCCAUCACGUCGAGGAGCACUCCAAAAAUCGUGCGUACGACGGUAUAGAAUCUUCUCAAGAAAAUGGAGUUAUUGAAGAUCCAGCAUGCAUGGAAGAAGAUAUGGAUAUAUGCAAUACGCCCCCGCAUGUCCCUAUUGUGGCAGAUGCAGUUGUUGCAGGGAAGUGGUAUUACCUGGAUCACUUUGGUGUUGAACGCGGUCCCACCAAAUUGGGUGAUCUAAAGACACUUGUUGAGGAGGGAUAUCUUGUGUCGGAUCACUUGAUCAAACACGUGGACAGUGACAGGUGGGUAACUGUUGAAAAUGCGGCUUCGCCAUUGGUUAGUUUGAAUCACCAUUCUGUCGUUCCAGACACAGUUACUCAACUUGUUUGCCCCCCUGAGGCACCUGGUAAUGUAUUAGCAGAUAACUGUAAUGGUGUAUCUGGUGACGAGGAAAUCUUGGUCCCUUCUUCAAAUUUGAUAUUCUGCUCUGAGGAGAAUUCUUCUGUUUCUGAGCCUGUAGAAGAUCUCCGUAUUGACGACAGAGUUGGAGCGUUUUUGGAGGGUGUAGCAUUAAUUCCUGGCAAGGAAAUUGACAUGCUUACUGAAGUAUUGCAAAUCACAGUUGAGCAUGGAGAGUGGAAAAGAAGCCGAAAAAUUGAAGAAGGUCAUACCUGGCACUACCAGGACAUGGAAGAGUAUUGCGAAGGUAAUGGUGUUGAAGGUAGGCCAAGUGGUUUUGAACUUCAAUACAAAGACACUGAAGAAUCAAGGCCCACCAUGAUUGCCUCGUCUGAGAAGGAUAGCAUACUUGGUUUUAGUGAAACUGGUGAAAUUUAUUCUAGCCAAUGGGCAUGUAAGGGAUGUGAUUGGAUAAGGAGUGACGAAGCUGUUCCAGAUAGAUCUUGGAACCGGAAGCUUGUUCUAAAUGAUGGCUAUCCCUUGUGUCAGAUGCCCAAGUCUGGCCUUGAUGACCCUCGGUGGGAGCAAAAGGAUGAACUGUACUAUCCUUCUCAGAGCAGAAGGCUUGACCUUCCACUUUGGGCUUUUACCUCUCCUGAUGAGUUGAAUCUCCAAACUAAAUCUGCUCUUUUCAAGGGAGUAAGAGGAUUGAUGCUGCCCGUUAUUAGGAUAAAUGCGUGUGUGGUAAAGGACCAUGGCUCGUUUGUGUCUGAACCUCGUGUAAAAGUUAGAGGAAAGGAAAGAUUUUCUUCAAGGUCUUCACGACCAUAUUCGACAACUCAUGAUACAAGGAGGUCAUCUGAAGAUUUUCAGUUGAAGAGUGCCCACGAACAAGACUCAGAGGAUUCUAGUAAGAAAAGUGAAACACUAAGUAUACCAAAGGAUCGUCUCUGCAAAGUUGAUGAGUUGAAAUUGCAUUUGGGUGACUGGUACUUCCUUGAUGGUGCUGGGCAUGAACGAGGACCUUUAUCAUUUUCAGAGCUGCAAGUAAUGGCAGAUAAAGGCCUCAUUCAGAAAAAUAGCAGUGUUUUCAGAAAACGAGACAAGAUUUGGGUUCCAGUUACUAUUCACUCAGAAGAUUCUGGAAAUUUGGAGCAUGAGAAUACUGCCACUCGAUUUACUUCUCAUUCGAAAGAAAGUGAUGCUGUAUUGAGUGGAGGAUCGAGUAGUUUCCAUGGCUUACAUCCACAAUUUAUUGGAUAUACUCGGGGGAAGCUUCAUGAAUUGAUAAUGAAGUCAUACAAGGGUCGUGAAUUUGCUGCAGCCAUAAAUGAAGUCCUUGAUCCUUGGAUCAGUGCCAGACAACCGAAGAAAGAGAUUGAACAACAUAUCUACCAUUCAGAUCACUUCCGCAGCAAAAGAGCUAGGAUAGAUGAGAUUGAAGAGGAGUAUGGAAUGGAAGAUAACAUGCUAAAUUUUCAGAAUCAUGAGAGCGAAUUUGAUGAUUUGUGUGGUCAGCUUACCUUCAGUAAAGGAGAUGGAUUGGAUUCUGAAAUCGGUAGGGGAAGCUGGGAUCUGCUUGAUGGCAAUAUUCUAGCACGGGUGUUUCAUUUUCUUAGAGGUGAUGUUAAGUCCCUUUUUUACGCGGCUUUGACUUGCAAGCAUUGGCGGUCAGUGGCCUCGUCGUACAAAGAUAUAUGUAGACAGGUUGACUUUUGCGUCAUGGCCCCUAACUCCACUGAUUCCGCACUCUUGAAAAUUUUGAGCGAUUACAAGAAAGAAAAGAUUACUUCCUUAGUUUUACGUGGUUGUACUGGCUUCACUUCUGGCAUGCUUGAGGAACUCCUUCAAUCAUUACCUUUUUUGUCAUCUAUAGAUAUUAGAGGUUGCACUCAGUUUGAAGAUCUGGUGUGGAAGUUUCCUAAUAUUAAUUGGGUCAAAAAUCGUGCCUCCCAUUUAAAAAUUCGGAGCCUUAGUCACUUAACUGACAGGAGUUCAUCAGCAUCUAACCGGAUGGAUGACUCCACUGGACUGAAAGAAUAUUUAGAGAGUUCAGAUAAGAGGGAUUCUGCAAAUCAGUUAUUUCGUCGAAGCUUAUACAAACGGUCCAAGCUCUUUGAUGCUCGUAAGUCUUCGUCCAUUCUAUCUAGGGAUGCUCAGUUAAGGCGCUUGGCUGUUAAGAAGACUGGAAAUGGGUAUAAGAGAAUGGAGGAAUAUAUUGCUACAGGUCUACAUGACAUCAUGAGUGAGAACACCUUUCAGUUUUUUGUGCCUAAGGUUUCUGAGAUUGAAGAAAAAAUGAGAAAUGGAUAUUAUUCCACUCGUGGCUUGAGCUCUAUCAAAGAGGAUAUCAGUCGUAUGUGUCGCGAUGCAAUUAAGAUAAAAAACCGGGGUGAUGCUAGAGAUGUGAAUCGCAUUGUCUCAUUAUUCAUUAAACUUGCUACAAGUUUGGAUAAAGGUUCAAAGUUGGCUUAUGCAAGAGAGGACAUUAUGAAAUCAUGGAAAGAAGACUCACCUCCAGGGUUUUCAUCUACUUCUUCGAAGUAUAAGAAGAACCUCACUAAGGCGUCUGAAAGGAAGCAGUCAUAUAGAAGCAAUGGCUCUCUAUUCAUGCAUGGACUUUCUGAUUCUCGAGAUUUUGCUUCUGACAGAGAAAUCAGAAGGCGAUUAUCCAAGUUGAACAAAAAAUCUUUCGAUUCGGGGAGUGACACAUCUGACGACUUUGACAAAUCUUCUGACGCUAGUAAUGCAGACAGCGCAAGUACUGCUUCAGAUACAGAGAGUGACAUGGAGUCAACAUCGGUAGUUACUAUGGAAGAGUCAAGAGAGGCGACAAUCUUUACAUCUGAUGACGGGUUCGAUUCAUUGGCCGAUGAGCGUGAGUGGGGUGCUCGAAUGACAAAGGCAAGCCUUGUCCCCCCUGUGACAAGAAAGUACGAAGUUAUAGAUCACUACGUUGUUGUAGCAGAUGAAGAGGAAGUUAGAAGAAAAAUGCAGGUUUCUUUGCCUGAUGAUUAUGCUGAGAAGCUUAAUGCACAAAAGAAUGGCACUGAGGAGUCUGACAUGGAAAUUCCCGAGGUUAAGGAUUUCAAACCUAGAAAAUCCGUGGGGGAUGAGGUGAUUGAACAAGAAGUUUAUGGCAUAGAUCCAUAUACCCAUAAUCUUCUUCUUGAUUCCAUGCCAGAGGAAUCUGACUGGUCGCUUGUUGAUAAACAUUUGUUCAUUGAAGAAGUUCUGCUUCGUACUCUCAACAAGCAAGUGAGGAACUUUACUGGUUCUGGAAACACUCCUAUGGUAUACCCUUUGCGGUCUGUAUUCGAAGAGAUAUCAGAAACUGCAGAGGAGAACAGUGAUAGAAGGAUAAUGUCUCUCUGUCGGUUUAUGCUGAAGGCCAUUGAUAGUCGUCCAGAGGACAAUUAUGUUGCUUAUAGAAAGGGGCUUGGAGUUGUUUGCAACAAAGAAGGUGGUUUCAGUGAAGAUGAUUUUGUUGUUGAAUUUUUGGGAGAGGUUUACCCAACAUGGAAAUGGUUCGAAAAACAAGACGGCAUCCGUGCUUUGCAGAAGAAUAGUAAGGAUCCAGCACCAGAGUUCUACAACAUAUAUCUUGAGAGGCCCAAGGGUGAUGCGGAUGGGUAUGAUCUAGUUGUUGUUGAUGCAAUGCACAAGGCAAAUUAUGCUAGUCGGAUUUGUCACUCCUGCAGACCCAACUGUGAAGCAAAGGUCACUGCUGUUGAUGGUCAGUACCAGAUUGGUAUAUAUUCUGUGAGACCAAUUGCUUACGGUGAAGAGGUCACCUUUGACUACAAUUCCGUUACUGAGAGUAAAGAAGAGUACGAGGCUUCUGUUUGUUUAUGCGGCAACCAGGUUUGCCGUGGGAGUUAUCUAAAUCUAACAGGUGAAGGGGCUUUCCAGAAGGUGCUGAAAGAGCAUCAUGGAUUACUUGAACGGAUUCGUUUGCUGCUCGAGGCAUGCGAAGUGAAUUCGGUAUCUGAAGAAGAUUAUAUCGAUCUUGGUAAAGCUGGACUUGGGAGUUGUUUGCUUGGUGGCUUGCCUGAUUGGCUGAUUGCCUAUACGGCUCGAUUGGUGAGGUUUAUUAAUUUCGAGAGAACGAAACUCCCCGAUGAGAUUCUUAGGCAUAACUUAGAUGAGAAAAAGAGAUAUUUUGCUGAAAUACACCUCGAAGUUGAAAAAAGUGAUGCUGAAAUUCAGGCUGAGGGUGUGUAUAAUCAGAGGCUUCAAAAUUUGGCUCUCACUAUCGACAAGGUGAGGUAUGUUAUGAGAUGUGUAUUCGGUGACCCGAAAAAAGCACCACCUCCAUUGGAAAAGCUUAGCACAGAAGCAGCAGCUUCUUAUCUAUGGAAAGGAGAAGAGUCAUUCGUCGAGGAACUUAUACAGUGCAUGGCUCCUCAUAUGGAAGACGUUGCUUUGAGAGACCUCAAAGCCAAGAUCCAUGCACACGACCCUUCCGAUUCUAAUGAUAGAGAGAUCAAUCUUCAGAAAUCUUUAUUAUGGUUGAGGGAUGAGGUCCGGAACCUUCCAUGUACAUAUAAAAGUCGGCACGAUGCAGCUGCUGACUUAAUACACAUAUAUGCUCACACGAAAUCUUUUUUCAGAGUAACAGAAUACAAGAAAGUAACUUCGCCACCUGUCCACAUAACUCCACUAGACGUCGGUCCAAAAUAUGCAGAUAGAUUAGGUUCAGGUGUUCACGAGUAUUGCAAGACGUACGGCGAGACGUAUUGUUUAGGACAGCUUAUAUUUUGGCACGAUCAAAACGCAGAACCGGAUUCUACUUUAGCCAAGGCAAGUCGAGGCUGCUUGUCUUUACCCGAUGUUGGCUCCUUCUAUGCCAAAGUACAGAAGCCUUCACGACAACGUGUGUACGGUCCAAGAACAGUCAAAUUUAUGCUUUCGAGAAUGGAAAAGCAGCCACAGAGACCUUGGCCGAGGGAUCGAAUAUGGUCGUUCAAGAGCUUAGUGAAAGUAGUUGGAAGUCCGAUGUUAGAUGCGGUUUUACGGAAGGGACAACUUGACAAGGAGAUGGUACAAUGGUUAAAGCACAGACCUCCGAUUUAUCAGGCCAUGUGGGAUAGGUGAUUUAUUAUUAUUCUUUUUUUUUUCUUUUCUUAAAAAAAAAAAAAACAAUUAGAAGAAAAUAGAAGUACCCCUCUCAUUAGAAGAAGAAGAUUUGGUCAAACACACACCAUUGUUAGUCAACGGUGAUUGACCAAUCAGGUGGCGUUAUUUGUUUGUGAUCUAAUUCUUGUGUAUAGAAGAGCUACGUUGUCUUUAAACAUUCUUUUUAGGUUUUUUUUUUUGUAAUUUGUAUUCCUUCUUUGGUUUAUAGUUAUAGUUCAGUGUUUAC